AUGCGCAUUGCAGACAAGGUCCUCGAGAUCUCCGAGAGUGCCACAACACAGCAGAUCCGCGAUGCAUACAAAAAAGCUGCCCUGAAGACCCACCCUGAUAGGGUCCCCACCGACUCCCCCGAACGUGCAGCACGCACGCGCAAGUUCCAGCUCGUCAACGAUGCAUAUUACACACUUUCGGACUCCAGUCGGCGAAGAGAGUAUGACGCCCAGCGGAAGAUCGCCGGCGGCUUCCCUUCUUGGGCUUGGAACUUCUUCACUGGCCAGUCCAACCCGCAGAAUACACAGCAAGCAAGACAAGAGAAAGAGGACCAGCAGUUUGGUGAUGUGUUCGAGGAGAUGUUGCGCGAGGAAGGCAUGGCCGAGCAAAACAACCGCCCUACUGGCAAAUUCUGGAGCAUGGCGGGUGGCCUGAGUGGUGGUGUGCUAGGCUUCAUCUUGGCCAACUUCCCGGGAUUGCUCGCCGGCGCCGCAGCGGGGAACAGGCUAGGUGCUGUCAGAGACGCUCGAGGAAAGAGCGUGUACUCCGUCUUCCAAGAGCUGCCGCAGGCCGAGAGGGCCACACUCUUGUCCCAGUUGGCUGCCAAGAUCUUUGCGCAGACUGUGGGCAUCUAG